AUUAGCGAUGAGGCUAUUCUAUAUAUCAAAUAUGUGGUUCUUUACUCCGCAGAGCCGAUGGUCAUCUUAUUUGGGCUCGGUGCCAACAUCUUCAACAUCUUCGUCUUCACCAGAAUGGGGCUGAAAGACAGCGUCACUGUAUCCCUCUGCUCACUUGCGAUUUCUGAUAUAUGGUUCCUCUUAAUCCGCUCAAUGGUACCGUCUUCUCUCAUCAUUAUCCUUUUCCCCCGGGUGGCGCCGCGGACGAUCGAUAUCACAGACGUAGCUUAUGCCUGCUUCUGGUACAGCAUGGUCUUCUACGACACUUCGAUGCUGAUUCGCGUCUACACUGCCGUGACCCGAGCCUGCUGCGUGGCCAUUCCGUUGACCUUUAGGAACACGUUCACCAAAAAAGUAACAAUUUACGUGGUGGGUACUGUGUUUUGCCUAUCACUUGCGACUAGAAUGCCCCUCCUGGUGUGCCAGGGUUUUCAGAGCGUCUUCGAUAGCAAGGCUAACAUGACAAAACUGGUCCUUUCCUUUACCGCGCUGAGACCAGCGGCUCUCGCGGUUAGCGACAUCGUCAACAGAAACAUCAUCACGUGGGGAGCCAUCAUCGUCGUUCUCAUUUCCCUCUUUGUUUUAAAGUUAAAACUUGUGUCUGCGGCUAAAUUUAGACUUGGGGCUCAUAAUAGCAACGUGACGUCAGAGCUGAAGUCACGGAACAAAUCAAACGCACUAAAAUUCCUACACAAGCGAGAUAAAAAAGCAGAAGUGUCAUUGUCUUCCAGUGUGGAGUCAAACAGCUUCCUCGUCGGUAAAGAUCUCCAAGUUUUAAAAGUGGUCAUACUCGUGUCCGUCAUCUUCAUCUUUUGCGCCGUGCCACCAGCCGUGUCGGGUGUCAUUAGGCAACUAGUUCCAGAUUUCAACAUAGGCGGGCGCUAUGGCACUGUGUUUCAGGUCAUUACCACUGUUUUCGACUGCUGCUCCUACCUGAAUGCAAGCCUUAACGUAUUCGUCUACUAUAACUACAACACCAAGUUUCGACAA